AUGGAUCAGCCAACGAACACACAGACCCAGCAUCAACACGAACCCAUCAGCUUUGGAAUUGAUCAGAUUUUAAAUAGUUCUGAUCAGGAAAACUCUUCCCAGCCUGCCCCCAGAGGAUCAGACAACACAAAUUACCUGGGAAGCCCUGUGAGCAGAACAAGUGCCCCUUAUCCUUCCCUUCCAGCUUCCUUCCCUGGCAUCGGGGCGCCUUUUGAAGACUCUGGAUCUUACAGUGUGAAUCUGAGCUUGGCUCCAGCUGGAGUGAUCAGGGUGCCAGCUCACAGACCCAUCCCUGGGGCUGUGCCACCUCCAAUUUCUAGUGCCAUCCCAGCUAUGCCAGCUGUACCCAGCCUUGGCAGCCUCAACUUCCCUUGGAUGGAGAGCAGCAGGAGAUUCGUAAAGGACAGAUUCACAGCGGCGGCCGCGCUCACCCCCUUCACUGUCACCCGGCGGAUCGGGCACCCCUACCAGAACCGCACCCCGCCCAAGCGCAAGAAGCCGCGCACCUCCUUCUCCCGGGUGCAGAUCUGCGAGCUGGAGAAGCGCUUCCACCGGCAGAAGUACCUGGCCUCGGCCGAGAGGGCGGCGCUCGCCAAGUCCCUAAAGAUGACGGACGCGCAGGUCAAGACCUGGUUCCAGAACAGGAGGACCAAGUGGCGGAGACAGACCGCAGAGGAAAGGGAAGCGGAGAGGCAACAGGCGAGCAGGCUGAUGCUCCAACUCCAGCACGACGCUUUCCAGAAAUCCUUGAACGAUUCAAUCCAGCCCGACCCCCUCUGUCUACACAACUCCUCGCUCUUUGCACUGCAGAACCUCCAGCCCUGGGAAGAGGAGAACGCCAAGAUCCCACCUGUUACCUCGCUCGUGUAAAGACUUGGGGUCGGGGCG